CAGCUCACUGAACACAUAUCGUAUCCAACACCCUACCACUGGACGCAUCAAAACUGUGCAUAGGAACCUGAUUAUGCCAGUCAACUUUCUGCCUUUACCUUCGUGGGAGGAACCUGAGGGUCACGGAUCUCUAUCGAGUGGUGACGUGAUCUCUGAGAUGUCUGCAAUGUCCAGCCAAAUGGAUGGGAGUGACGCCAGGACUGUCCACUGGGUAGCAGGCCUUCCUGAGUCUUCUGGGAGGAUACUCCAAGAGGAUGGUGAAGUCCCGGCUGAUGGAAGUGAGGUGGAACAACCGUAUGAAGUCCCCUUAAGUGAGGUGUGCUCAGCAGAAGUGGACCAGAGAGAUAUCCCCGAAGCCUACAAGAGUUCUGAUUGCGAAACUCCAUUCAGUGUGGAUGAUGUUACCUUGGUUGAAGAUGCUUCGUCAGUGUGGUCUGUGACAAUCUACCAGGAUUCUGAUCAGUCGUCUGACACUACUAGUGUUGAGUCGGUAACUGAAAGUGUGCUGGCUCCGGAGAUGCGGAUCUGUAGGACUCCCCAUCCUGAGGUUAGACCUCUGAGCAGGGUUAGUGCUGUCUGUGACAUUCCUGCUAGGUUUGUGGGUGAGGGUGUUCGGACUAGACUGGGUAGACUUAUUAAGCCAGUGGAUAGGUUAAUCCAAACUAUGUCUACACAGGAAAUGAAACAGUUCUUGUUUUCUCAGUGACGGUAGGAUAUUGCCUACCUUUUCUUUUGUAGGAAUGUAGGAAAUCUAAGCAUGUCUUAGAAUGAUUUGUGGGUUUGUCUAAUAUAUUUGACAAUUCAUGUAACUUUGUGUGUAGUCCAUCGGCAUAAAAUGUAUAUGGCAUUUUUCGUAUACGGUUGAAUAAGGGAUUAGCUACCCCUUAUUUUUCCUAAUCCUUCGCGGGAUAGCUUUUCAGCUGAUCGACCAUUUGUGGGUCUAGAAUUAAGGGACUACACUGGGUUACUCUGUCGCCCUGUGGGUGUGAAUUUUUUUUCUUUCUUUGCUUUGUUACCUUUGAGGUAAUGUGUUUUGUUUUGGGUCUAUAAUCUAGUGUAAAACAGUGGGGGUGAAUGUAGCAGUGUGAUGUUGUUCCCCUAGAUUACGCACCAAAUUGCACACAAGGACCAAUUCAAAUAGGCCAGGUAAAGCGGGGAUGUUAAUAAUCUGGUAAUAAUAAUAAUAAUUCAGUGUAUUUUUUUAUUUAAUUACAGCUGCAUAGCUAAUGUUUUUAUUUGGUGUACAAACACUUUUUCAUACCAAUAUUGUACAUACAAGUGAUUGUAAAAGUUUUGUAUAUUUUGGUUUGGCCCAUCGCGGGUUAUCUGUAUCCCCAUACCACUUUAUCGUUCUCUUUUGCCUGACCCUCGGCUAGCAAGGUAUGUUGUCCUUGGCUCCGAAACUGUUUAAUAUGGAACCGUCAUAAGGUUAUACAAUGUACUGUUUUGCAACCAUACGUUUGGUAUAGUGUGGACAGUGUAGGAAUUUAUGUUAACAAGUUUCACAGAGCUCACUGACUGGGGUAUCUGUUGUAACUUCUAAGUACUUGUGACAGUGGUUGAGUGAGUGUACAUGUGCUCGCGCAGGUGCCGGAGAGCUGUGACUGCACCAAGGGUAACGUGUGUGUUGUCUCUUCGUGUGCAGGUAUGUCUUUUAUUUUGUCAGAAUUAUGUUCUGUAUAUGCUGUUGUGCAGCGAGUGUGCACGCAGCACCUGUUAAUUCCUUUUGGCGCUCUUUUGCCUGACCCUCGGCUAGCAAGGUGCCGGAGAGCUGUGACUGCACCAAGGGUAACGUGUGUGUUGUCUCUUCGUGUGCAGGGCAAAUAAAAAGAUUUCAACGAGCAGACCAUCAGUUGUGGCAGCGUCUUCAUUAAGAAUUACACAACGCAGAACGAACCACGCUACACUAUUGAGGAUGCGCUGAGUGCUCUCCCUCCCAGUCCUCUGGGCCCUUCCACAGCACCGGCUUUGCAGGCCCCCUCCACACUAUUAACAUGGAUGGCAGGGACGAUUUCAUUGAGGACACCGAAUGCCACAGCAACAAUUCCCAACAGGACAGCAUUUCAGAAGACAGUGAUAGCGACCUGGACAACCACGACUCAUCCUCCAACACCUCAGCUGACGACCACAUGACCUCCACCAAGAGAACACACCACAGGGGAGUUAAAGAAGAGAGCGAGGAGGGGGCCGACCUGAUGAACAGCUGUGUGUGUCCUCUGUGCACCCUGGAGUUCAGCAGCCCCGAGCAGCUCAUCACACACGUCUACCAGCACACAUCGUUGAUGGGCAGCAGUAAGAACUACGUGUGCCCAGUGUGUGGGCGCACGCUCAGCUCGCCAGGCUCCCUGGGGCGCCACCUUCUCAUCCACUCUGAGGACCGCCUCUCCAACUGUGCUGUGUGUGGGACACGCUUCACCGACACCAACAACUUCAACAGGGAGAAGCUCAGAGAGGUCCUGAACACAGGCAGCAGUAUGGAAUGCAGCAGCGGAGAUGAGAACUGUUCCAUGUCCCGGUCUCUCUCCAGCAGCCCCAUGGGCAACCCCGGUCAUGGCCUGGGACACGGCCACGGGCCCGGCCACAACCAAGGACACAACCCUGGCCGUGGCACAGGCCACAUCCCGGGACACAGCCACGGCCCGGCAUACAACCCCGGCCACAACCAAGGACAUGGCCCAGGACACAACCAUGGCCAAGGUCUCGGACACCUCCCAGGCCAUCCACUCCCCUCACUGCACCACAGCCUCCUCUCUUCACCCCCCUCCUUCCCUGACGCCCUCAGCCCCUCACCAGGCCUACCCCUGCUGCCAGACAUCCUGAGCCCCAUGCCUGUGCACCCGGCCGGAGUGCUGCUGGUGUGCAACAGCUGUGUGGCCUACCAGCAGCUGGUGGACGCCCAGUCUCCCAUGAGGAAGUGGGCCAUGCGCAGGAAGAACGAGCCGGUGGAGGCACGCAUGCACCGUCUAGAGCGUGAGCGCUCCGCCAAGAAGACCAAGCGGGAGCACGAGUCGCCCGAGGAGCGGGAGCUGCGACGGCUUCGGGACCGCGAAGCCAAGCGGAUGCAGAGGCUGCAGGAGACAGAGGAGCAACGGACACGGAGGCUUCUGCGCGACAGGGAGGCCAUGCGGAUGAAGAGGGCCAACGAGACGCCAGAUAAGAGGCAGACCAGGCUGAUCCGUGAGAGAGAGGCCAAGAGACUGAAACGGCGGCUAGAGAAGAUUGACCCCUCCCUGAGAGGCCAGAUAGAGCAUGAUCCAGCUGCUAUGGCUGCCCUGACGGCAGACAUGAGCCUGUUCCAGUUCCCCUGCCCCAUGCCUGUCCCCUCUCUGGACAACAGCCUCUUCAUGAAGCUGCCCUAGCAGGACCAGGUCACUGGGGGCAGCACACUGGGCCACUAACAGUUACAAUGACCUCUCCACUACGCCUAUGGGUUGAGAAGGCCACAGAUGGAACCAUUCCAUGCUGGUUGAAAUUCCAGCAGCUUCUGUGUCCAACAACUUGAUACCCGAACUCCUGUGUCAACAAAUAACAUUAAUUUAUUACAGACUAGCAGGAAAUAAGAGCAGAUUCAAGAAUGUGUCACUAAAUGGUAGGUAUUGAUAAAGCAUGUUGUAAAGAGAUUUGAUCUGUUUUGGGGGCUAGCAGACUUUGACUUACCAGCCCAUUGUGACAGGAGCAGUUACACCCUUCCAUAUUUUGCACAUGGACCUUCAGUGGUGGGAAUGAGUCACAUAGCCAAUAGCUCUCUCCCUCGCCUCUGGUCCCUUCUGCUAGCAAAGUCGCUGGAGUUUACCGGUAGCUACACCUCUCUCACGCUGCCAACGUGGGUCUCUGCUCUGGCUAGCUCAUAUCCACCCAAUCAACUACCUCAGUAAGGGCUGAGGCCGAGCCCUCUGUGACCUACGUUCUGACUCCAAGCUUCUUUACACGUACACUACAGAAGAGAAUGCGGGUUGUUUCCUUAGUUUGAGGGUGUGUUUAUAUCUUUAGGAUGUAUUCACAGCUCACCGGGAGAAUAUUCAACAGGACAGAACAUUCAGUAAGACAUAGUCCGAAAUGUACGGUAUAAAACGGGAACGAUAGAAAACGGACCUGUCGUAUACAUCACAUUUCUAUCCGCUAUGCUCUGAAUAUGCUGUACUAUUUAAUGAGCCCUGUUUUGAGCACCAUUAUCCUCCAUUCCAGCACAUUCUCUUCAACUCAAAAUAUACUGCCACUACUGUAGGUCUCUUUGCCUUUUAUUAGUCACAUUGACCUUCCUCAAUCUGUUUUUCCCUCGUACCUUCAACACUCAUAACCUUUGCCAAGUAGUUGGUAAUAAUUUCCUUUUUACUUUAUGUAUCUUCUGUUGCAUUGACAUUUUUGGCUCAUUAAACCACAAUCUUUGCUGCUGUUACUGUUCUGUACAUGUUAGUUACCUCUAGGACAUUUAGGACUCAACAUGUGAACUGAGAGUGCUAAUUUACUAGCAUUUUUCUAAAUGCCCCAAAUUGUCAUAUUUCCUUCCUAACCAACGUAUUGAAAUAUGCUCAUACAGUUGAAGUCGGAAGUUUACAUACUUAGGUUGGAGUCAUUACAACUAGUUUUUCAACCACUCCACAAAUUACUUGUUAACAAACUAUAGUUCUGGCAAGUUGGUUAGGACAUCUACUUUGUGCAUGACACAAGUCAUUUUUCCCCCCAAAAAUUAGACAGAUUAUUUCACUUAGAAUUCUGUAUCACAAUUCCAGUGGGUCAGAAGUUUACAUAUACUAAGUUGACUGUGCCUUUUAAACGGCUUGGAAAAUUCCAGAAAAUUGUCAUGGUUUUAGACGCUUCUGAUAGACUCAUUUACAUAAUUUGAGACAAUUGGAGGUGUACCUGUGGAUGUAUUUCAAGGCCUACCUUCAAACUCAGUGCCUCUUUGCUUGACAUCAUGGGGAAAUCGGCCAAGACCUCAGAAAGAAAGAAAAAUCCACAAGUCUGGUUCAUCCUUGGGAGCAAUUUCCAAACACAUGAAGGUACCACAUUCAUCUAUACAAACAAUAGUACACCAGUAUAAACACCAUGGGGCCACGCAGCCGUCAUACCGUUCAGGAAGGAGACACUUUCUGUCUCCUAGAGAUGCAGGUACUUUGGUGCGAAAAGUGCAAAUCAAUCCCAGAACAACAGCAAAGGACCAUGUGAAGAUGCUGGAGGAAACGCGUACAAAAGUAUCUAUAUCCACAGUAAAACGAGUCCUAUAUCGACAUAACCUGGAAGGCCGCUCAGCAAGGAAGAAGCCACCGCUCCAAAACCGCCAUAAAAAAUCCAGACUACAGUUUGCAAUUGCACAUGGGGACAAAGAUCAUACUUUUUGGAGAAAUGUCCUCUGGUCUGAUGAAACAAAAAUAUAACUGUUUGGGAAUAAUGACCAUCAUUAUGUUCGGAGGAAAAAGGGGGAUGCUUGCAAGCUGAACUUCAUCCCAACCGUGAAGCAUGGGGGUGGCAGCAUCAUGUUGUGAGGGUGCUUUGCUGCAGGAGGGACUGGUGCACUUCACAAAAUAGAUGGCAUCAUGAGGCAGGAAAAUUAUGUGGAUAUAUUGAAGCAACAUCUCAAGACAUCAGUCAGGAAGUUAAAGCUUGGUCGCAAAUGGGUCUUCCAAAUGGACAAUGACCCCAAGCAUACUUCCAAAGUUGUGGCAAAAUGGCUUAAGGACAACAAAGUCAAGGUAUUGGAGUGGCCAUCACAAAGCCCUGACCUCAAUCAUAUAGAAAAUGUGUGGGCAGAACUGAAAAAGCGUGUGUGAGCAAGGAGGCCUACAAACCUGACUCAGUUACACCAGCUCUGUCAGGAAGAAAUGGGCCAAAAUUCACCCAACUUAGUGGGAAGCUUGUGGAAGGUUACCCGAAAUGUUUGACCCAAGUUAAACAAUUUAAAGGCAAUGCUACCAAAUACUAUUUGAGUGCAUGUAAACGUCUAACCCACUGGGAAUGUGAUGAAAGAAAUAAAAGCUGAAAUAAAUAAUUCCCUCUAUUAUUCUGACAUUUCACAUUAAAAUAAAUUGGUGAUCCUAACUGACCUAAGACGGAAUUGUUACGAGGAUUAAAUGUCAGGAAUUGUGAAAACUGAGUUUAAAUGUAUUUGGCUAAGGUGUAUGUAAACUUCUGACUUCAACUGCUUGUGUCAGGGUAAAAGCUAUAUUUUGAAUAACUAAUCUUUGCAUUUUUCCAGUGAUCAUACUUUGCAGAGUUCCACUCUCCAAUGAGCAUGUUCUAGACUCAUUAUUAAACCCGUUGACCCUCGACCAGUUGGGAGAGAUCUCUGGUCUUAUGUUUCAUUGACCUCAUUCCAAUUGAUAUUUAUGCAACAUGUGAAUAUAUAUUUUGUUUAAAAAAAAUGGGGGAUAUUUUUUUUGUUUGGUAUAUAAUAGAUGAAAGUACACAUUUUGCCAUGUUUGGUUCUAUACUGUAUGUAUUUGUUUUUUCCUUCUCUUUGGUCAUAUGUUCUCAAUUUCUUGCCAAAGGUUACCUCCGAUACGCAAUGUUUCUCAACUGAGCUCUGCAGACACAUUGACAACAUUACAUUAUUAGUUUUCUGGAGUAUUCCUCAAGACAGGAACUAAGACUGGUUCUCAGUUUGAGCCACUACCAGGCUGAAGCCCACAACAGAAUAGCAUCCUGCUCAACAGGGAAAAGCUAUUAUAUUCUAAUUGUCCUUAAGAGUGUAGGAGUGGUUCAAACCUCUAUGCAACAGUGCUGUUUAUUCCAAGGGAAAUUUGACUAUUAAAACUAUGCAGAGUGCAGGAAAAAACAAAUGGACUCAAAUGUAUGGAAUUGUGCAACUCAGGCGAUGCAACUCAGUGAGGCCUCUUUGGCCAUAGAUUCAGCGCCCUGGUCCAUGAACUUCUUUUCAGCAGGGUCAUAUCACUAUCCUAAUUUAAGAUACACAGAGAGCAGAGCCAUGCUCACAACAAAGUUGUCACACACGGUCAUUAUCUUUGCUACAAAAUCUGUACCAACAUUUCUGCCAAGUACUGAACGUAUGGAUACCUUUUCAAUAAUGAAUACUGGGUAUUCUGACUGAUUUGAACUGGCAGCUGAUAUCAUCCUCACACAGUGGAAUAAUGCAAUGGAAAAUGUGGAGUACGCUCUUCUCUGACAUUAAAAUACUACAAAAGGAAAUUGUAUCAACAGUUUCCCAGGUUCUGUUUGUGCUUUUGAACAGCACUGUCUAAAGCUCUGCCUGGCGUGACAGUCUGGAUUAGGUUAACACUGCAUGUCGUGAAACUGCAUUUGUCCUAGAAUGGUUCAAUAUGAGCUUGUAUUCUACUGUUAUUCUAUGCCUGCCUGUUUUUGUUCAAUUUAAUUGAAAGAUGUUCUUUGAACUUUGGCCUUUUUACUAGUCUAUCAGGAUAUUCUCUUGAUGUCCAUGUUUACAAAGGAAAUCCUUUUAAGAAGGCCAAAAUCAAUGAGGGUAAACAAAAGUGAAAAACAGAACACUUUAUGCUCGAUCUGUUGUCACUGCUCAGAACGGUACUUUUACGGCAGCCGUUCUACUACUGGAUUAACAGAUGUACAGAUCAUGUUGAAAGCAGGAAUAGAAUGUGGAAAUAAACAUUGACUUUGACACCUGC